AUGGAGGAGUUCAAGUCAGAGGCCAUGUGCAAACUUGCUCACACAGUUGUUCCGGACGAGGAAUACGGCCUGGGCGGUAUGGACUGUGUACGGUUCAACCAGUUUUUCCAUAGUCUGAACAUGAGAGCAUGGAGGCAGAGCUCAACCCUUCACUCGAGGAGGAGAAGUUCUCGUGGUGGUGGCAACGCCAAGGCUGGGACGACCGUCAAUAUUCAGCCUGGCGCGACUCCGGAUCCUGGAGCUGGAGGGGCGGCUGGGGCAAUGACUUUGGAGAUAGGUCGCUCAGCCAGUCUUCGGAUGUGA